GAAGAGGUUGGGCAUCAUGGCUGCGGUAAUGGGUACCUCCGCGCGGCUGCGGCAAUUCGUGGUGUCCCCCACAGGGCAACAUACCGCCUCUCUGAUCAUGCUGCACGGUUCAGGUGAUUCUGGCCAAAGAUUCAGAGAAUGGAUCAAACAGGUUUUAAAUCAAGAUUUAGUCUUUCAACACAUUAAAAUUAUUUAUCCAACAGCUCCUUUGAGGCCAUAUACACCGAUGAAUGGAAGACUCUCCAAUGUGUGGUUUGACAGAUAUAAAAUAUCAAAUGAUUGCCCAGAACACCUUGAAUCAAUUGACUCAAUGUGCCAAGUACUUGCAAGUUUAAUUGAUGAAGAAGUAAAAAAUGGCAUAAAGAAGAAUAGGAUACUAGUUGGCAGUUGGUGUUGCAGACUGAACCUGGAUCAAAAGGAGGAUUUUCAAUGGGGGGAUGCAUGGCACUGCAUUUAGCAUUUAGGAAGCAUCAUGAUCUGGCUGGAGUAUUUGUACUUUCUAGUUUUCUCAAUAAAACAUCUGCUGUUU